AUGGCCCCGAGGACGCUGGGUGGAGGCCGCGUCCUGGGCAGUGGGAAGAAUCUCUCUCCAGCCGUUCCGGCCCCAUCUCCGCAACCCAGGGCCCGCGCCCUCUCGCCGUCUGCGAGCAGUGUAUCCUUGAGUUCGCAAGCCUCCGCGUCGCAGUUCUCGCCGGAAGCUCAGGAUCUCACCUCCCGGAUUUCUCUCGAGAAUGGAGAAACCUCCAUAUCGGCCGCGCCGGCAGCUUCCGCGCCGCAUCUUGCCUGUCCGAUUUGCAGUGAGGAAAUGGUCACAUUGCUGCAGCUGAAUAGACAUCUCGACGAUGCACAUCAAAACCUGGAGGAUGUCAGGCAGGAUGAGGUCAAAGAUUGGUUCAAAGCGCAGAUGGAUAAAGCGAAGCGCUUCCAGCCGUUGGCAGUCUUGAAUCAGAAACUCAAGGGUCUGGACGUGUUUGAAUCGAAUGAGAACUACCAACCGCCGUCCGCCGCUGCGUCCCGGCAGUCAGGCCUGGCAGAACAGAGGCCCCUGGACCCUGAUGAGGUUGUAACGCGCGAACACUGGCAACCACGCGGUCCAUACGACGUCUGUUUCGAGCCAACCUGUGGGAAACGACUCACUGCUACCAACGGGUGCGUCAACUGCAGAAAGUGCGGCAAACUAUUCUGCGAAGAACACACUAUGUACCAGAUGAAGCUUUCCCGGUCAGCACAGCAUGAGCCAGUCAGAGGGUUGUGGUGUCGGGUCUGCGAGACUUGCUACAAGUCAAGAGAGGGAUAUAAUGAUCACAACGGUACGGUGAGGGAUCUAACCGACACUUUCGCCUCCCUACGGAAGCAGACGGUCGACAAGGCUUUCCUGGAAGUUUCACGUCUUGAAAAACGGUUGACUCGAUUAACGCAAGCACUAGCAAAUUUGCCCCCGAUCAGAUCCAAUCUGGUGGAAACAGGCGAUGGCCACUUGGAUGGCAGAACGACCAACGCCGGGCUGUGGAGCAGUCAAUCGUCAGUUGGCAGGAUGAUGCAAGCGUGUCUCGCUGCCCAUUCUGCCAGCAGGAAUUCACAGGCUAUACGUUUCGAAGACAUCACUGCAGGACUUGCGGGCGAGUCGUCUGUGGUGAUCCAGAAACAGGCUGCUCCAGCGAAGUUGAAAGAAACAGAAAACUCUUCGGAGAAAUCCGUUCCGACCAAAAUCAAUAUCGAUGUCAGGCUCUGUAAGGAAUGUAAGACCACGCUAUUCAGUCGACGUGAUUUUGAGGAGGAUCGAAUGAAGAAGCCGCCAGACGUACGAGCGUAUGAGAAUUUAGUACAAUUUGAGCGAGGCAUAAGACUGCUACUUCCCAAGUUUCAAAAGCUGCUUGCUGCUUUGCAAGAUCCUAAUAAACCCCCUUCACCCUCUCAACUGAACGAGGCAGCCAAAGUCCGAAAAAGGCUCAUUGACUCGUUUGCCCAAUACGAUACCGCUGCUCGACGCAUCCGCGACCUCCCUACAGAGUCGCCUACCCAGCAAAGGCUGCAAAAAGCGAUAUACCAGCAAGCCAGCAACUUCCUCCAUCUACACAUGCUCCCUCUCAAAAGUUUACCGAAAGUGCUGAAACACGCCACUCCAGACGGACGCCCGCCACUCAAUAGCAGUGAGAGUCCGAGCGUCAGCGGUACUACUAGUCCCUCCUCAGGCGGUCGUCCUCAAGGCUUUGCACUUGCGUCGAUUAAAUACGGCAGCAGCGCAGCGAACGGCAGUAGUGCCAGCGUGGUCAGCGACAACAGCAGCGCCGUCUCUGCGCUCGAGGCGGAAGAAAAGGCCCUCCGGGAACGCCUAAUGGUGCUGGAGGAGCAAAAGUUCUUCGUCUCGGAGAUGAUCGCGGACGCCAAUCGCCGUCGGAAAUUCGACGAGGUCAGCAGCCUGGCCCUGAAUAUCGAGGACCUGAGCCGGGAGAUCGACCGGAUCAACGGCAUGUUGAACCAGUUAGACUUUGAAGGCGUUUAUACGGGCGCCAGCAAUCAUCAGGCGGCAUCUGGCCAUGGUUAA